AUGAGAGUUACAACAAAUCGAACAUCAAAACUUCAAACAGCAACACGUACAAAAGCAUCAACAACAACAAUAUUAAAUGAACAAACAGGACAUUUACAAAAUGGUACAACUAUAGUUUCACCAACAUCAUCAAAUAAUGGUACACUUCGUUUAAUUGAUUCAGGUGAUUAUUUAUCAACAGCAGUUUCACCACAACAACAUCAACCUGUAACAACAUCAACAAUGCUUCAAUAUUUACAACCAUCUUCAAAUGCAAUACAAAAUAUGCUUAUUCAACAGAUAUUAACAAGUCCCGAACAGCAACGUCUUCUUGUAGAAAAAAUUAAUCAACAAUUAAGUGAACAAAUACAACUUAAUCUUGUUCAACCAACAACAACAUCACAACCAACAACAACAAAUUCAGACAUUAUUAAACAAAUUCAAAAUCAACUUGCUAGUCAGCAAUUACUUCUUCAACAAGUUUCAUCAAAACAACAACAACAACAACAACAACAACAACAACAAAUUCCAAGUCUAUUUAGCAUUACAAAUUCCAAUAAUACUAAUCAGCCAACAACAGCUACUCUUCAAUAUUUAACAACUACACCUAAUAAUUCGUCUACUAGUGACUCUCCAUCCGUGAUUUCAAUUGCUACACGUCCUUAUCAUCAUCAACAACAACCAACAUGUGUUAAUAUCACCGAUUUAUUAACAACAGGUCGAACUAUGAGCACUGGUGUAAAUAUUCUCGGAAAUAAUAAUAAUAGUACUGAAACACGAAUAACAAUGCCAACAACAACUAUAAAUCGUUCAUCAACACUUACAAAUCAACAACAACAACAAGAUUCAUUAAAUCCUUUAUAUCAACGAAAUUAUUGUCGUUGGCCAAGUUGUGAUACAUUAUGUUCAUCAUUAAUUGAUUUUAAUCGACAUCUUAAUGAUGAACAUUCACUUGAUGAUCGUUCUGUUGCUCAAGCACGUGUACAACAACAUGUUGUACAACAACUUGAAUCAUUAUUAACACGUGAACGUGAAAUUUUACAAGCUAUGAUGAAACAUUUACAUGGUGGUUCAAUAAAUACAAAUGGUGCAACAUCAUCAUCAUCAUCAAAUACAACAACAACACAUAUUAUAACUCAACCAACAACACGUACAUUAACAACAUCAACAACACCAUAUCAUCAUACAUUAGCAACAAAUGCACGUACAACACAAUUAACAUCAUUAUCAUCACCAGCAUCAUCAUCAUCAUCAAUUAAUAAUACAUCUUCUUCAACAGCAGCACUUCAUCAUUUACCAAUAGUUAAAUUAGAAAAUGCUUUUUUUAACAUCAACUGUGCAUCAAGUUCACCACCACCUGUUCAUACAGUUGAAGAAGAAGUUGGAGAUGAUACACAAGAUGAUGAUGAUGAUGAUGAUAAUAUGGAUGAUAUGAAUGGUGAUAUAUCAACACAAACAGGUCAUAAUGGUAAUAUAUUACCUAUGAUUAAUAUGAAUAAACAUCGUCUUAAUCGAAAAUCAUCUAAAACAAUGUUAGCAUUAGGCGGUAAAAAACCAGGAAAAGGCAAAGAAUUAAAAAAUCGUGAAUAUUAUAUGACACAUGAUGUACGUCCACCAUUUACUUAUGCAACAUUAAUUCGUCAAGCUAUUAUUGAAUCUCCAGAUAAUCAAUUGACAUUAAAUGAAGUAUAUAAAUGGUUUGAAGGACAAUUUUUAUAUUUUCGAAAGAAUGCACAAACUUGGAAGAACGCUGUACGACAUAAUCUUUCAUUACAUAAAUGUUUUAUGCGUGUAGAAAAUAUCAAAGGUGCCGUAUGGACUGUAGAUGAAAAUGAAUUUUGUAAAAGACGUUUAACACGUAGUACUGAAAAAGGAAGUAAUCAUAAUGAAUCAUCAUCAUAUGGACAUAAUACAUCUACUCGUUUAUCAACUGGUGAUGAUCAAGCACUUUAUUCAUAUCCAUUUGGUAUGGAAGAUGAUUAUAAAGAUUUUAAAGGCUUAUUAAAUCCUCAUGAAUUAGCAUUAAGUGGUGGUCAUUCUCAUGGUGGAAAUGGUGAUGAAGUUGAUGAUGAUGAAGAUGAUGGAGAUAAUUCUGGUAGUGUAAAUGGAAAUGGUGGUGAUCAUCAUGAUCAAUCUACUGAUAUGAAUCAUAGUCAAUAUGAUCAAACUGAUGAUGAUGAUGGACAAAAUGAUAUGAGUUUAGCACAUGGUGACGAUGAACAAGUUGAUGAAUAA